CUGCUCCCCGGCCCUCCGGCCGCUUCCCGCCUCCCUCCGUCCCGCCCCGUCCAGCCCGGGCUGCCCGGCUCCCGCAGGCCCCCCAGCCGCCCGCGUUCCUAUGGACAGACGCACAGACACCUGCAGGAAAGACACUGCUGAUCCUGUAACAUGGAGGAUUGCCUUCAUACCUCAUCUGAGAAUCUGUCCAAAUUGGUCAGCUGGGCCCACAGCCAUGGGACCAUUUGCAGCCUCAUCCCAAACCUGAAACACUUGCUUUCCGAAGGUUCCCAUGGGAACCUGACAGCAAUGUGGGGCUGUAGUGCUGGCCAUGCUUACCACUGGCCACUGACAGCUACUUGCCGAGCUGGGUCCCAAGAAAGGGUCUGUUUCCAGGAUAACAGAAGUUUUAACUCCGAUAGUCCCAGUAUAAUUGGAGUGCCCUCUGAGACACAAACUAGCCCUGUUGAAAGGUAUGCUGGCAGACCAGUGAAAGCAAAGCUAGACUGUAAUCGGACCAGAGACUCUUGUGACUUCUCUUAUUGCAGUGAGCCCUCAGAACUGGAUGAAACUGUUGAAGAAUAUGAAGACGAAAACACUCUGUUUGACAUGGUUUGUGAGUCUUCUGUUACAGAUGAGGAUAGUGACUUUGAACCCCAAACUCAAAGGUCUCAAAGCAUUGCUCGAAAAAGGCCUGGAAUAGUCCCAUCUUCUCUCCAUUCAAGUUCCCAGGCUCAGAUGGUUGAUGAAUGCAGCAAUGAUGUCAUCAUUAAGAAAAUCAAACAGGAGAUUCCUGAAGAUUAUUACAUUGUGGCAAAUGCAGAACUGACUGGUGGAGUAGAUGGACCAGCUCUGUCACUGACACAGAUGGCAAAGCCCAAGCCUCAGACUCGUGCUGGUCCUUCCUGUGUAGGGUCUGCUAAGCUGAUUCCCCAUGUAACAUCUGCCAUCGGCACAGAGCUAGACCCACAUGGUGUGUCUGCAUCCCCCUCUGUGAUGUCCAGACCAAUUGUCCAGAAGUCUGCCAGGGUAUCUCUGGCUUCUCCAAACAGAGGACCCCCUGGUGCCCAUGGCACCAACCAGCAGGUGGCCAUACAGAUGCCUGUGAGCACAUCCCAUCCUAACAAACAGAUCAGUAUCCCUUUGUCUGCCCUGCAGCUGCCUGGACAGGAUGAGCAAGUUGCUUCUGAAGAGUUCCUGUCUCAUCUGCCCAGCCAGGUCUCCUCCUGUGAGGUAGCUCUUUCUCCUUCAGUUAACACAGAGCCAGAAGUGAGCUCCAGUCAGCAGCAGCCCCCAGUCGCUCCAACUAUAACCACUGAGGCCACAGCACAGUGCAUACCAGCCUAUUCUACUAAGCUCAACAAAUUUCCUGUAUUUAAUAUUAAUGAUGACUUGAAUGAUCUGUGUACCAGUGCAGUAAGCCCAAAUACUACCAAAGCCACGCGGUAUGCCCUGAAUGUGUGGCGAUACUGGUGCAUGACCAACGGGCUCAAAGAUCACACAGACAUCACCAAGAUCCCUGCAGUGAAGUUGAACGAGCUGCUCGAGAACUUUUAUGUCACCGUUAAGAAGAGUGACGGCUCAGACUUCCUGGCCACCUCGCUCCAUGCCAUUCGCCGAGGCCUGGACCGCAUCCUGAAGAAUGCGGGUGUGGGCUUUUCCAUAACCAGCAGCACCUUCAGUUCUUCCACCAAGAAACUCAAGGAGAAGCUGUGGGUGCUGAGUAAGGCAGGGAUGUCAGGUGCCCGUUCUCGCAAUAUCAUCUACUUCUCCCUUUCUGAUGAGGAGGAGAUGUGGCAGGCAGGGUGUCUAGGGGAUGACAGCCCUAUCACUCUCCUGUCCACCGUGGUCAAGUACAACAGCCAGUACCUGAAUAUGCGGACUCUGCAGGAACAUGCAGAUCUGAUGUACGGGGACAUCGAGCUGCUCAAAGACCUGCAAAACCAGCCCUAUUUUGCCCGGACAGACAGUGUCAAACGGGAGAGUCGGAGUGGUUCCACUAGAGUGUGUCACGGGAAGAUCUACCACGAGCAUUCCAGGGGACACAAACAGUGCCCUUACUGCCUCCUCUACAAGUACAUGUACAUCCAUCGGCCACCCACCCAGAUGGAGACCAAGUCCCCUUUCUACCUUACUGCCAGGAAGGAGGCCACAGACACAGGCAGUGUGUGGUCUCCAGGAGGCUGGGCUCCCACAGCUGCUGCCAGUGAGAAGUCCCUGGGCCCAGGCCGGUGCCCUGCACACCCUGACAGGCGAGGGCUCCCUCUGGCAGCCACAGCCAGAGCUCCCGGGCGGCAGGGGAUGGCUACAAGGUCAUGGUUAGGCCGGCCUGCGUCAGUGGUGACCUGCUAUUUCUUUACUUUGGGUUUGUUUUUUAACUGCAAGUAGAUGAGUCUGAAUAAUUAGGAUGUUUUAGCCAAAUGUGUGUCACCUUUGUUAAAUUACACAAUCUAAUACAGUGUAUAAUUGCUACAUACACAAGAGUGAGGAAGUUCAUUUUAUCUAGUGCCUUUUUAGCACAGAUUUUCUCAAAAAAAGAAAAAGAAAAAAAAAACUGUUUAAGUAGUCAUUUUUUUAAAAUCCCAGUAGCCUAGUAGCUUUAGAAUGUUACAAAGACUCUACCCACUUUGUUGAAUUACACUCACAAAAAGGAACCAGAAAGAGAAAGACUUGUUAAUAACUAUUUUCAGGAGAGAAAUUGCACUUGACACUCUUCAUAUUUUAUUGAUGGGUGACUUGGUUCUACAGAGCCAGCAGCCUCACUUGAUGGCAGAUGGUCGAGUUGCACCCAGUCAUGCUGACAGAGAGGCAGGGGGCUGCUCUGACCGCUCUCAGCACUGGGAGGAAUUUGAUCUCUGCAUCCAUGGAGACCAUUUUAUGAAAAAAGAUGAAUGCACCAAAAGAUGUUCGUGAAAACAAGGUUUCCAGUGAACUAGAUGAUUGGUACUAUGAGGGAAUUUCCUGUAGCAACAGUGGCUUGGAAAAGCAAUCUGUGAUCAAAAUGUGAAAACCUCCUGAAGAAGUGCCUAUGUUUUAUUUCUCAGCGUCACGUGAAAGCUGUUUCUGUUCAAACAUUUUUCAGAGCUUUUUCUUAUCUGUUCUUUGUGUUACACAGUUGUCCUGUUAGCACAUGGUAUGGAGUCUGUAAAACGACAGAAGGUAAUGGUUCAGGCUUGUGUUUUCAGGGCAGUCCAACAGAACCAGCUGCAAAGGGCUCCCAAAAUGUGUUUACUAAAAAGCUUUGAAAUAUUUUUGUUCAAGUAUGACUUUUUCAGCCACAGUAAAUGUCAUCAUUGUAGGUUGGCACCAGUGCUUGGGACAUGAGGAUGUAGGCAACCCACCAGGUAAGCAAACUCGGCAUGGAGGACAUAGCUGUAAAACCAAGAGCAUCAUGAUAGGUUAUUAAUGCAGUUUAAAGUCAUUUCAUUCAGGUAAAACUCAACCUGACGACACGUUAUGGAGACGUCAUCAGAAUUUUCUAGUAACUGCUCUUAAUGAUGAGUAAAAAAGGAGCCCAAAGAGUGCUGAGAAUAUAGUUUCUAAGGAUCUUUAUUUUGUAUUUGAGGAAAGACUGCUACAGCUUUAUAUCAUUAUGUUCCUUUGUGUGCUUUCUAAUAGAAAAUUAAGAUUCCAAUAUAAAUUCAUGUUGUGGGAGUCCUAAAAGCAGUGCUAUUUCUUUUUCAAAAUCAUAUUUUAGUAUUUAUUUCAAUUCACUGUUUUAAAAAUCAUUCACUGGUCACUGAAAUAUGUAAUACUUCCUAUCCUGGACAAGACUCAACCGAUGCUGCCUUAAGGUUUAAUGUUGUUCUCUUUUUAGUGAUUGCACAUUUACUGUUUUGUUUACUAGUUGAUCUUUCCUGAAAAUAGAUUAAUUCUGGAAUGUUCCCAUCUGUAUAUAAAUAACAGGUAAUAUUUUAUAAUCAGUGCUAUGGCUUAAUAUUGCAUUCUGUUCUGUUGUAGUUUCCUAUAGUGAUUUUAGGGUUUAAUUAAAAAGAGACACCAUUCACUAAGGACAGUUUCCUUUAAGCUUGCUAAACACCCAAAAGAUAUUCUGUUUGUGGAAAGCAGAUGGUCAUUUUCUUGUCAGUUCUGCACUUCAACAGAAAAAUAAUCUAUGCUUACUAUUGAGUAGGGUCUACAGAUUAAUUAAACAAAGCUUCCAUUUUAAUUUUAAAUAGAUUUAAAAAGAAACUGCCAUUAGGAGUCACUGGGGUCUUUUCAGAAUUUUAACACUUCCAGAAGUAGCAAUAACUGACCCAAAGGUUUUAAUCUUUCUGUUUUUCAUAGUGUCUUUUUGUCAGCUGAAUAGCCAUCCCUGACUCAAAUUUGUUGCUUAUCACCCUUUUGGAUGUACUGUAAAUCCCCAGAGUUCUGAAGUGGAUGAUUAUAUUUAAAAAUCUGGAGAUAGAAUCUUCAGUGAUAUCUGAUGGAAUGAAAGAAUUGUAUCUCAGCAUCCUAGAUGCUGUUCAUUACAUGCCUCCUUGGGGAAUGGGAGUGAGAAGGAAGACACAUUGGUCAACUGCUACUCUGAGACCCAUUGUAGCAGGCACUUUGUCUAUUCCGUAUUUGUGUAUAAAAGUGUAUGUGUAUAUGUAUACACACAUUUUAGGUUUAAAUGUGGUAAUGCCUAGUAAACUUGCUGAAAUGGCAAAGCACCCAUCCAUCUAUAUGACCAUGUCUGUCCUCAGAGGGUCUGCAGGGGAGGCCAGAGUUGCUCAUUCCCUGGCAUUCAGCAAAGGCAGUUGUUCUCUUUCCAGCUGCUCUAAUCCACUCCCCCCGGGGACCCCAUGAUUUUCUACCCUGGGCCUAAACCAGGAGAAAGGAGAAUCCCAAGGGGAGGAAACAGGGAGGUUAAGAGCAUUUUCUCCACUCACCUUUAGUUUUGGGUUCUAUUUUUUUACCCUCAAGUGGGAAUGCAUUCAGGAAUUUGCAAGCUCACGUAGGCACAAAUUGCAUCUAUUUCUGUGUGAGGGAAGGCGGUGCUGCCGGUGUUACGAUGGGACCUGUGGAGGCCUUGGGGCGAGCGCCUGCCCUCCACAACUCCGCAUCUGCUCUCCACUGAGCCGUGCCUGCUUGGUGUCCCCUCACCAGCAUCUCGCAGGUUUUGCCUUAGAAGUUUGUUCCAGCAGAGAUGAUAGGGCGUCAGCUUCAGGGGUGUGAUUUGGUUAAAUAUAAAGGGUUUAGCACAACACGAUGCACAUAGCACACAUGCAGCAAAUGUUAGCGAGUUUAGUCACAACUUUUGCUAAUAGUAGUACUUGGUAUUAUUCAACUAUCUUGCAUUACACCACUUAUUUCUUCCAUUAUGGAGAUUCCCUCUCCUUUAAACUGUUAAACUUGAAGAAGAAACCAAACCUGAUGAUCUGGUCACAUUUAUACCCAUAAAUUCUACCUCCAACACAGCCAAGCCCUGAUACCUCAGAUAUUAAGCAAAAACAAGUGAAGAAUGGAGAUGCCGAAAGAGGCUUUAUGAGGAAGCUUUUGCACUGUUUAGUGUGUUCACAAUGGGAAAUAUCAUGGAAGAAUCUAACCAAAGUUUUUAAAGAAAUGGUGUCAUUAGUCAUGUGGCAUUUUUCCAGCUUUCCUUGGAUUAUAUGCAGCCCUGACUGAUAAAUGCUGUUUGAGGAAAUGUGGAAUUCUGUUAACUUUGAUUUUUAUUUUAAUUCAACCUUUUUAAAAGCACCAGGCACUAUACCACUCCCUCGGCAUGCUCAUAUACAGCCAUUGGGAGAAUCUGGUCAUAAAUACAUGCUCAGGUUUUUUACUUUCAUUUUCUAAUUUUAGUGUCGAGGAUUUGUACAGUCUUUAGGCUAAAACACCCUCAUACCAAAGCGUACCUGUUUAGUCAUUUGUUUUCUGUUCUUCUUUUCUUUAUCAGAGCACGUUUCUUUUCUGCUUUGAGUCUUAAAAAGCAGUAGGUUGUAGAUAACUCUGAGAUCGUGUCAUCCUCAUUUUACCAAUAAAGAAAUGAAACACAGGGAUAUUGAAGGGUCCGUCCAAGGUCAGUAAGACAAUAAGUAAUAGAUUCAGGAUUAGAAAAUCAAUCCAGAACUCUUUCCUCUAUACCAGAGCUGGGAAGAUUUCAAUUCUUAAAAACUAAUUAGUGAACUGCAUCUGGCAGAAAGACAUCUGGCUAGCACCACCCCCCAGUGAGCUCCUACCUUCCCAGAAAAAACAUUCAUAAAGAUCCAGAAGAAGGCCAAAUCUUGAUGCGAGAAUACAGAAGGAAUUGAUACAAUUAAUGAGGCAUAUGGAAGUAAAUUGAGGCAAAACCUUCCAGGUUGUAGGUCAGUGUUUUCUCUGGCUUCUCUCCAUGAAACCAAGACCCUGUGAAAUAAAAAUAUUUUAAAAUAGUCAGUACAUGUUAUCCUCACCAACCAUGUCUACCUCCUUAGCAUCUGAGCUCCCAACCCAGAGAAAUAACUGGUUGAUUCUUCCUCUUAGCCAGGUGACAUGCCAUGAAGUAAAAUGCUCUCUCUCCCCUUCUCUUCCUUCUCCCUCCCCCUCUUGCUCUUCUUUCAGUCCAGAACUCCAAAUCCGAGGGCUGGCACAUGAGCGGGAAGCAGAGAGGAUCUACUAGAGACAUAGCACAUGCAGAGAAAAGUGCCGGAUAGGUGAGGGCAGCAACAAUAAGUUACCAGGGAGCAGAACAUGUAAAUAUUCUGCUGAUUUUUCAUGUGUGAUAUUGGUUCAGAGACCCAGACAACCAGCUAUAGGAAGGAAAAGGAUACCAGUUUUACAAACGAAAAGUGUUAAACUAGAAAUUGGAUUUGAAAAUAUGCACAUCUCCUUAUCAUCACCCUGUAUCUGAAAGAGGGAUCUGACGAACUCGCAAGUGGAAAAGAUAGCAUAACCAGGGGUGGUGAAUACUGAGUCCUGGAAGAAAGGAUGACAUUUAAGCAUGAGUACAGAGAAAAAACAAAAUGUGGAAUAUAAAAAGUGACUGAACCAAGGAAAAGGAAUGGCUUCCAGAACAUUUGAAAAUGAAAAGAAACAAGACAAUUUUGGGAUUCUUUUUGUCACAAUUGAAAGAAAGGAAGAAUGGCUUCUAUACAGCAGUAGUUAUCUUAAAAUGGGAGUGGGUUCAGAGAAAAAGGCAAUACAGUAAGAUGAAAAAGAAGAUUAGUAAGAAGGGCUUCAAGGAUGUUAACAACACAACAUCCAAUUAAAAUCCACCCUGGAAGCAGAAAAGAGCAAUACAGAUGUUUUUAAACAUUAGCUAACGUUACUGACAUUCACUUUCCUGAUGGAAGGACUAUAUUGAGAAAAAAAUAUAGUAAGACUAGAGAAAUGAAAUCUUUCCUGAACAGAAUGAAAAUUUGUGUGUAUAGAAUGAAAGGACUUACUGCAUUCCAGGCAAAAAAAAAAAAAAAAGAAAGAAGGAAAAACCCCUGCACCUAAGUACCUCUGGCAUAAUUUUUAAACUGCCAAGGAUAGGGAGUGAAAAAUCCUGCAGGCAUCAUCAGAAAGUUACAAGUUGCCUAUGAGAACAUGAAAGAGCAUCCUGGCUUCAGACUUCCACUCUAUACCACCAAAUGCCAGGAAACAAUGGGGAAUUUUGAGGGGAAAAAUUGUGACUUUGGAAUUUGGUAAACAUUUUACAUGUGAAGAUAACCAAAAGUAUAUUUAGUUAUGACAAGCAUGCAGGUGACAAACCAUCUAUGUACUAUUGUUAUAAAUUGUACUGCAGCCUACAAAGUUUGGUCAAAAAAAUUUUUUUAGCUUAAUAUGAAAAUUUCCAGGGAUUCUGGGGCAUUAAACAUUAUAUCAUUACCUACUAGAAGAAGGAUAUGUGUACUUAGAUAAUAUGGCUAGAAGCCACAUAUCUAAAGCGCCCAAAGCCCUCAUAUGAAUGAGCUAAACUAGUGCAAGAAGAUGAACUUAAAAGUCAUUAUCAAUCACAGCAUCAGAUUUCUUCAUUUUGAUCACUGACGUAAUGCAUGAUCAAUAUAGAUAGAAACUUCAGAUAUAUUUUUCACAAAAUUUAAAUUUGAUUUAAAUCUCGAGUUCCCCCUACCAGUUGCAACACUAUCCUGAAAGAUCCCUUGCUUCCAAGAAAAGGCAAGGGGUCUCUAGCUGUUUGGGGGUCUGAUAGCCUAGACUAGAGUUUUUUGAGACCAUCCAUGUGCUUCUCCACUUGCCUCAAAUUCAGAACCACAGGUGCAAAAUCAGAGAUCAGGAACAGUGAAGCUUGUUUGAGAAUGCAAGUGCAAGGGAAGUUCAGUUUCAGCAGUGAAGGGAGGCGUGUGGCUGGCCAAUGGCAGGGAGGGUGCUUUCCUUGGCCGUCCUUGAAGUUUUAUGGAACUAUGUUUAAAUUCAGAUAGUAAGGAAAUAAAAGAAGACAAAAGAAACAAAUUACUUCUGGAGUCUAACAAGGUCAGUGUCAGAACCAAAGCUGGGCUGUUCAUUGUACUUUUCAUUUGCUCACACUAGAAGGACUUGGAAACACACAGGAAUGCCCAGUGUCAUUGGCCUUAAUGCACAGUUGCUUCCUGGCUGUGUAAAGGUUUUAUCUGUGCCCAAGUCAUCUUGCAAUUUAAACUCUUAACACCACCAGCACAUCUGGUUUAGAUUUAGCAAUAGAAUAACUAAUGGGUUGCUUUGCAUUUGCUUAGUUUUCCAUUGUGAAGCACAAGCAAACCUCUUACAGCUGGACAGAGCAUCUUCUGGACAGGUUCCAAGUGUAACCUUUCCCAGGUCUCCUCCUGCUUGGCUGUGACUGACAAAGUCUGUUCCCUUUAACUAUUUAAAUAAGAAUCUCAAUGCUUUUAUUUAACAUUUUAGUAUUUUCUAUGUGGCUGUAUGUUCCAAAUAAUAGCAACAAAACUGUUUCCAGGUGUUUUCACUGUUCUGAAUGUAUUAGUUGUUUUUUUUUUUAAUGUAGAGGAGAAUAUCCAUAACUUCUUAACACUGGAAACGUCAUUCUGAAUGAUAAAGGAAAUUGUCAGUAAUGUGAGUGGUUUUAUUGUACCAUUUUCAACUUUUCCUUUCCCUCCCCACUGAUGCUUGCACAUACACACAUACCGCAUAUGCAUGUGGUGGCACAAGUGUGGGAAAGAACGUGGAACAUCUGUUUUCUGUCAUCGAGUGUCAGUGUUGGAAGGGAUUUUCUUGUUCAUCUAGUCCAGCUCUCAAGUUGAUGAUCUCUUCGAGUUUGUUAACAAUUUGCAAGGUUCUAGGUUUUUUCAAAAGUUGUUGUUUGGUUUGUUUAUGUACCUGCAAUUUGACUGUUUAACCCAGAUUUUUGAAAAUAAAAAAUAAAAAAGUAAUGUA